UCUUUGACGUAAAUUCAAAUUCUGUUGAUAAAUAUUUCAUAACACAGUACUUUAAUUGUUAUACAACUUUUUAUAAUUAGUGAUGUAUUCUUUUUUGCAAAAUAAUAGUAUAAAAUUAGUAAUUAGUUCUUUACUUUUCAUUGUUGGAUCGAUUUUUAUGCAAAAUUGGUACUUUAAAAAUAAUAAUUUAGUUUCUAAAGAUUCGGCUGUACAACUUCCUUUAACUGAAGAGGAUUUAUCACAUUAUAAUGGAGUUAGUAAUGAAAAGUUGUAUCUUGGUAUACUUGGAUCUGUUUUCGACGUCUCAAGUGGAAAACGACAUUACAAGAAAGGAAGUUCUUACCACUAUUUUGUAGGUAAAGAUGGCACUAGAGCUCUUGUAACUGGAAACUUUAAAGAUGAAACUGAGGAAAAAGAUCAUGUGUUAGAUUUGAAGUGUGAUGAUAUAUUUGCUAUUAUUAAUUGGAGAAAGACUUUUCGUGAAAAAUAUGUGUAUGUAGGUAUGGUUAAAGGAAGGUACUAUGCAUCAGAUGGUACAGAAACAGAAUACAUGAAGAAAUUUAAAAUUAAAUUAAAAGAAUGUAGAGAAGAAAAAGAAAAGCUAAAAAAACAGGAUCAGUUAUAUCCUCCAUGUAAUGUCGCUUGGAGUGAAGCAGAGGGUACUAGAGUGUGGUGCUCAAAGUCUAGUGGUGGCAUACAAAGAAGUUGGAUUGGAGUUCCACGUCAAUUAUACACUCCUGGUGAUAAGAAGCCUAAAUGUGUCUGCAUUAAAGAAGACACAAAUAUGUUAAAACCUUAUCAUGGUUGUUCAAGUACCUCUACUGAAUGUUAUAUUAAUGUAGAUUAAUAACAUUAUUAUUUCUAAAGCAAUUUAUUAUAAAAUAGCUGUUAAGAAAUGUACAAAACAUUUAAUUUCAUGAUUACCAUAUAAGUUACCAGAAUAUUAUUUAUUCCAUUUUACUUAAUGCAUUUAUUCUAGUGUUUAUAAAUGUUUAUUUUUGUUUUAAUAUAAUAAAGGAUAUGUGAUUUGAUGUCUGUUUGAGAUUAAAUAUAUUUUUACAAAUUUGUCGCUA